GAUUCCUUCUAGCCCAAACUAUUCUAUGGUUCUAUGAUUUUAGUUAAUUUCAAACAUUAAAUUCUGAUCCCAGAACUAGUAAACAAGGAUGCAAGAAUUGCAAGCACCAGAAGUAUAAUUUGAAGGACUUGCCCAUGUACAAACUUAGAAAUUAUGACUGGUAUUGUGUCUUGGUACAUACAUUUUGCAAAACCAUCAACGUGUUAGUUUCCAAGAAGCCUAUCUGACCCCAUGGUUGUGUCUUUGUCCUCUGGCUUCCUAGCUGAAACCCCGAGGAGAUACCUGGAGGAAGGCUAGACCAGCCAGCUAAUGGAGAAGUCCUCUUGAACCUUAGCCUCUGGUCAGCAGAUGUCAGGUGACAGAGAUGGCUGCUGCCUAAAACAAGCAGGUUUUCCAAAGUCUUCUGAGCAACGUAUCACCUUCAUCCAACAAGAGGAAAAGGGAAGCCUCUGGACUACACCAACCCCAUUCCAUUCACCCUCCUCUGCCCCACGGGACGUAGCCCUGAUCUACCCCUGUGUGGGUGUCUUAGGGGGCCUGGAGAGAGCUGCGGAAAGGCUUUUUUUCGGGCAGAAAAGAUGCGAGGGAAGGGGCGGAAACCCCCCCAAAUCCGCCAGAACUCGGUCCCCGCCGGCCUGAAACGCGAGAACGAGACCCAAGGCUUGGCAUUGGCAUCUUCGUAGAAGUUCUGUCCCGAUGGCUGUGGAUGUGGGGAAAUCAUCUUCUGAAGCCUCGCUGAGCAGGAAGGUGGAGGGUGGUGGUCUCUGGGAGCCAGCAGAGGUGGAGAUGGACUACCCAGAGCUGGCGGGCAGCCUGCGACGGCUUCUAGGGGCAGAGGAAGCCAAGCCCUGCCCGCAAGGGACGGAGAGCGCGGCGAUGAGCGGGUGCAGUCGCUUGGCCACUGGUGUUACCCAGGGGGGCUCGAGCUGCCACCGAGAAGCCUCUUCAGAAUCCACGUCCAGAUCUCCCAGAGCAAGAGGAAGCCUCUCAGAGACAGAGACAUUAAUUUGUAGAGGUGAUGGUGAUGUGCAUCGUCGUGGUGGCGACCGGUGCCUCUCCUCCGGAGAGCAGCAGGUGAAAACAUCAGGCCGUUGGGAGCCAACAUCCAGCCCUCCCAGCUCUGCAGAUGAGAGUCUCCUCGCCGGCAGCAGCCACGACGCCCGCGCCGGCCGGCGGAGCCGAAGGCUGGGACCUCGAUCCCCAUUUUCCUCCACCACGGAGCUCCUGAGGCCCCAAACCCCUCUCAGCCCCGAGAGCGCCCUGCGGAGCCGCUCCACCUCCAGCUUCUCCACUCUGUCUUCAGAAGAAAACGGCCUCUCCGAAGAGCUGUCCCAAAGCUUGCCAGCCGGCGGGGAGAUGUCUUCUCCUGCGGCCACCACCGGUGGUGCCUUCCGUCGGCGGAGGGGUGCGGUGGAAGGCAAGGUGCCCAAGCCCUUCCAUCCCCUGCUUGAUGACCACACCAUCACAGAGCGCAUCAGGGAGAUGUCGUCCUACCAAGCUGAUUACUGGGCCUGUGCCAUACCGGAUUCGUUACCCCCGUCUCCUGACCGUCGCUCGCCCCACUGGAACCCCAAUAAAGAGUACGAGGACCUGCUGGAUUAUGCUUACCCGCUGAAGCCAAGAUACAAGCUGGGAAAGGUGCCGGAGCCUUUCUUCCAUGACUCAGGGAUAGGUUUGGACAGCUUUUCCGUUUCCCCCGAGGGCACGUCGAGGUCCACCAGCAUCUACAGCCGAGGUGGGCAGGCUCGGGGAAGCGGAGAAAACGGCUGUCGGAGGUUCGUGGCCUCUGCAGCGAGGUCCUCCACCCCGGGGCCAGGAAAAAGGGGCUGCUCGGGAGCUGGCUCAUCCUAUGAACCUUUACGUGUUCCAAAGAGCGCUUCGUCUCGACCUUCUAGAGGUCUUGCUGAGGACGUAACGACAGAGCCAUCCGGGCUGGGCUCACCUGGCCGCCCUGCUGCGGGUGGGAGAAGCUGGUGUAGCCGAGGGAGCCCCUUCCCAAACCACAAAGGGCAGGUGAAAAGCAUGAGUAGGUUUUUACCUACAACACGAGUCCUCCCUCUAAGGAAAGAGUGGGAGGAGGAUGAAGAAUUCCUCUCCCUGCCUCCCAGACUGCAGGAGCUGGAAAGGCUGGCUCACUUCUUAUCCGAUCUUUCCUUAACUAUAAGGACACCCGGGCAGGACCACCAUCACCUGCCAGGUCACGGCCAGGGCAGGCAGCCCCUUCCCUCUGCUUCAGCUUUUUUGGGAGAAGUGGGUGGCAGGGACAAAAAGGGGAAUAUUGAGGAUCGUCCUGGGCUGUGGAACCCCUGCAGGUCUCAAAAACUUAGCUGGGAAAACCCCGGAUGGUGCAGCCAGAUCCGUAGGGAUUCUCUGCGGGGGCUUCGUCUUCCGACCGGCCUGGGGGACACAUUGGAUGGGACCCACCUAAAUGAACCCCGGGUGAAGGGGCAUCCGAAGAGGAGCCAAGAAGGCGAGUCCCUCGCCCAGUGCGUGAAGGUGUUUUGCUGCCAGCUGGAAGAGCUGAUCCGUUGGCUCUACGGGGUCGCAGAUGUCACCGAGGGCUGGGUGCCACCCUCGUCGGAUGCCGAGAGCCUGAAGGCAUCGCUGCGCCGCUGCUUGGAGUUCAGGAAAGACGUAGCCAACCACCGGAGCCUGACGGAGAGCGUGCUGGAGAGGGGAGAGGCUCUCCUCGACUGCAUGGCCUCCAGUUCCCCAGCUCUGAAGGACACGCUGGGUUUGAUUGCCCAGCAGUCGGUGGAGCUGGAGAGCCACGCGGAGCGUCUGUACCAGUCCGUGCGAGCUGCUGUGGGUCAGGGGGAGGACGGACAGGAGGACAGGGGGUGGCAGCAGACAGCUGCCCAGUGGGUUGCGUUCGACUUCCUCCUCUAG